AUUCCAUUGGACUGGUGAGGUUGUAAACACGUUAACUUGCCAGUCACAAAGCGACUGUGCGUGCAUUCUGUCAGUAUUUUAGCAGGAAGAUACAUCAUGUCGUCUCUUCUGAUCCCCAACAUUCCGGCGCCCGGUUUUUCUUUCGAUAACUGUCAGAGAAAUGCGUUCCUUGCUCAGAAGGGAUAUGCAGCUCCAAAGGCAACGAAGACUGGAACGACAAUUGUCGGUAUAGUAUUCAAGGAUGGUGUCAUCCUUGGCGCAGACACCAGAGCAACGGAGGACACAAUAGUAUCGGAUAAGAACUGCAGCAAGAUUCACUUCUUGGCUCAAAAUAUGUAUUGCUGUGGUGCCGGAACAGCAGCUGACACCGAAAUGACGACGCAGAUGAUCGCGAGUCAGCUAGAGCUACAUCGCCUCAACACUGGUCGUAUCGUACCUGUCGCAACAGCCAACAUGAUGCUGAAGCAACUACUGUUCCGUCACCAAGGACACAUUGGGGCUGCGCUUGUCCUCGGCGGUGUUGACCUGAUGGGACCCCAUCUCCAUUGCAUAUAUCCCCAUGGGUCAACCGACAAACUACCAUAUUGCACAAUGGGAUCUGGAUCUCUUGCUGCUAUGGCUGUAUUUGAGAGUAAAUGGAAGCCGAACCUUACAGAGGAAGAGGGUAAAAAUCUCGUUGCGGAUGCAAUCAGGGCCGGUAUCUUCAACGAUUUGGGAUCAGGAUCGAACGUAGACGUCUGCGUGAUCCGAAAGGGUUCGGUUGACUAUAUCCGGCCUUUUGAUGUGGCCAACAAGAAGGGGCAGAAGCAGGGAUCGUACCGCUACAAGCAGGGUACGACGGCUGUGCUAAGCAAGGUUGUGCGCCCUGUGAUAAUCGAGAAGACGGUGAUCCGCAGGAUCGAGCAGGAGUCUAUGGACACGUCGUCGUGAACGGAAGGACGAUGGGAGAAUAAAGAACGUGAAUAAACCAUUUAAAAUUAAAUACACAAGGAAUAAUCGUUAGUUUUGUUCCGUUUUUGUAUUAAAUAUCUGGAAAUAAAUUUCAAUCAUACUCUGA